AUGCGACGAAAUCGCUCGUCCGGUUCGUCCUCGCCAUUUCGAGCCUUGGCUCACCAUCAGCCUCAAACUGCGCCAGGCGAUCCCUCCUCCCUCAUCCGUUCCUUCAAUGUCGAGACAAACCCAGCACGGCCCAUACGGCCCUCGCCCCUCACGGCAUCCACCAUCCGCGACAUGCCCCUCGACUUGGUUGAUCGCCUGCGCUCAUUUCCACUCUUUCAAUCUGCACCCGAAGAUUUCCUCGUUGAAAUUGGCAACCACUUGAAACCUCAGGUUCAAGCUGCAAAUGACCACGUCGUCAACGAAGGAGACGACGCAAAGGCCAUGUACUGGCUCGUCCGCGGGGUCGUCGCCGUUACCUCGCGCGAUGGCGAGGCAGUUUAUGCUGAACUCAAAUCCGGCGCCUUCUUUGGCGAAAUUGGCGUUCUCAUGGACGUUCCCAGAACAGCUACCAUUGUCGCCAGGACAAAGUGCCUGCUUCUCAUAUUGAAAAAGGAGGAUCUGCAAACCAUCAUGCCCAAGUUCCCGCAGAUGGAGCAAGCUAUCCGCGAAGAAGCCCAGGAGCGCCUAACUUUGUUGAAGAAGAAGCGACAAGAAGGCAAGUUCUUAUCAAAUUCUCACACUGGCGAUGUCGGUGCACGCACGGCGGGCCCAGGCGAAGUCUCGCGAGGUGACAGUGGCGUUCUCAAAGAUGGUGCCGUUGUCAACUCCAAAAAGCGCAAAUCUCCCAGUCCAGGUAUCAUUGAAGACCCGGCCGUCGGGAGUGCCAUUGGUAGCGGAUAUGUCAAUAUUCGUCACACUCUGCGUGAACUCCCACUCUUUUCUAACCUUCCUCCCGAAAUCCUCCAUUUUCUCGGUCUCAGUGCCCAACCCAAAAUGUAUCCGCCGUUUAGGGAUAUUGUUGAGCAAGGAACUUCCGGUAGCGAGAUCUUCUUCAUCGUUCAAGGAGAGGCAGAAGUUAUUCACCACUCUGCCAAAGACUCAUCGAACAAGAGCAUGCGUAUUCCCAAGCGACCCCGGCUCAGGGCAGGUCAAUACUUUGGCGAGGUUUCCAGCCUAGGUCUCUCGCGAGAAAGAACCGCCACUGUGCGAUCAAUUACUACAGUGGAAUGCUUGAUGAUCCCAGGCAACACAUUGGAUGAGCUGUGGCGCCGAUGCCCCGCACAUGUAAGGGCGCAGGUCGAACAAACAGCCCGAACGAGAUUGAGCGGGAAAGGAGACGAUAUUGACAUGACUGACGCUGACGAUGAGCUUCGCCCAACCCACUCCGCCCCCCCUACGCCACCUACGCCUUCAAAGUCACAACCGUCACACCUCACGUUGACAAAUCCAUCCCAGGUGGCCUCACCCAGCAAAGACGAUCUCGAUCGCAUGGAGCCCAAGGACCCAGAUCCCUUCUUGAGCGUCAACAUGGAAAAUAUGCGCAACAGAAGAAGGCACUCUUUGGCACCGCCUGUUCCACCACCCGAUCACUCUAGCAGGUUGAACAGCGGUCUCCCUUCGCCAGACGGAACUACCCUCAAAAUUGCCUUUUCACAGACCUCACUCGAUUCUGAUGUGCCUGCAAAGCGUGCAAGAAGAGGUUCACGCCCGACACCGGGUUCAACAGGCCCCGUGCUCUCUGACGCCAUUCUAGUCCGCAUAUUUGCGUACUUUGACGUUGUUCAACUGCUUAGACUUCGCAUUGUAAACAGCCAGUGGCAGCGGAUCAUUACGACGCAUCAGGAUGUAUGCAGAAAUGUGGACUUGUGCAGUUACAACCGGCACGUCACGGACCAAGUUCUUACGCAAGUUUUGGCACCUUUUAUUGGCACCAGAGCCAGGACGGUUGACCUCAGCAAUUGCUUCCACAUUAGUGAUGCUGGGUUUUCAGCUCUGUGGAAAAGUUGCGGAAAAAAUGUGCGCUCCUGGAAGAUGCGAUCAGUAUGGGAUGUAUCAGCCAGCCAGAUCUUGGAUAUGAGCGAGAACGCCAAGGAGCUGCAGGAAGUGGACUGGAGCAACUGUCGCAAAGUCGGCGAUAACCUUUUGGGGCGUGUGGUUGGCUGGGUGGUUCCGGAGCAUUCACCAACAGUGCAGAAGAGGGUGGUGACACAUUCGAGCAAGAAGCCGAGGCCACGCCAUCAUGCUGAAACGGUCAACGAGAACCCUCCUCCGCCAGGUACCGUGAUUGGGUGCCCCAAGCUUGACACAUUGAACCUGUCUUACUGUAAACAUAUUACUGACCGAUCGAUGGCACACCUGGCUGCACACGCCUCGGACCGGAUACGUUCACUUUCACUCACACGAUGUACAUCCAUUACAGACGCGGGAUUUCAGUCUUGGGCGCAGUACAAGUUUGAAAAAUUGACGCAUCUCUGCCUGGCCGAUUGUACAUAUUUGUCCGAUCAUGCAGUUGUUGCGCUGGUCAAUGCCGCCAAGAGCCUGACACACCUUGAUCUCUCAUUCUGCUGCGCGUUGUCGGAUACAGCCACUGAAGUGGUGGCUCUGGGAUUACCCAAGCUGCGAGAGUUGCGCCUAGCAUUCUGCGGCAGCGCAGUCAGUGACGCCAGCUUGCAGACGAUUGCACUGCACCUACCAGAACUGGAAGGCUUGAGUGUGCGGGGGUGUGUACGAGUAACUGGAAAAGGAGUGGAAGUCUUAGUUAGGGAAUGUACUUGGCUGAGCUGGCUUGACGUGAGCCAAUGUCGGAACCUGGAGGAUUGGCUCCGAAGCGGUGGUCCCAUGCAUUGGAGCUCAGCAGCUCAACUGCAGAGUGGGUGGUCCUCGGACGAAGAGGACGGCACGAGCUUCAGUCCGCCGAGCUUCGGACCCAAGGUGAUGAGUGUUGAUAAGCUCACCAGCACGUCAAGCUUCGCACGGCGCUCGGGGCUAGGAGGAAUGACAAGACGACGUAGACAACCUGUGAAGUUUGUCCUGGAAAAGGGACCUGUUGGGCUGAGAUAG